GGUGGAUAUUCCCAAAUUCCCCCUCUCCCAGGUGUUCCUGAUCAACCUGCAGCGCCGCUCCGACCGCCGGGCGCGGAUGCUCCGGACGCUCCAGGAACAGGGAAUUUCCUGCAAACUGGUGGAAGCCGUGGACGGUCGGGCCCUGAACAGCAGCGAGGUGGAGGCGCUGGGGAUCCGGAUGCUCCCGGGAUACCGGGACCCCUUCCACGGGCGGCCCCUCACCCGGGGGGAGGUGGGCUGCUUCCUCAGCCACUUCCGCAUCUGGCAGGAGAUCUCGGCGCGGGGGCUGCGCAAGUCCUUGGUGUUCGAGGACGAUUUGCGCUUCGAGAUCUUCUUCCGCCGGCGCCUCACGGAGCUCAUGGAGGAGCUGGAGGAGGCCGGGACACCCUGGGACCUCAUUUACCUGGGCCGGAAGCGGCUGCACCCGGAGCGCCCGGAGCGCCCCGUUCCCGGUGUCCGGAACCUGGUGGAGGCGGGAUAUUCCUACUGGACGCUGGGAUACGCCCUGUCCCUGAGCGGGGCCAGGAAGCUGCUGGAGGCGGAACCCCUGGGAAAGAUGAUCCCGGUGGAUGAAUUCCUGCCCGUCAUGUUCGACCG